UUCUCAAUCAAUAUCCAUUAACCCCAUCAUGCCUCCGGCAUCUGUCGGGAGGGAGCAGUCCCCCGUUGUCCCAACGGAACCACCUUUCAGUAUCUUUGAUAACCGACAAAAAUGGCUUAUCGUCACGAUGGUUUCGACCGCGGCAACAUUUUCUGGUUUUGCCUCUAAUAUUUACUUCCCGGCACUGCCUACAAUCGCUAAGGACUUGAACGUAUCAUUGGAGCUUGUUAAUUUGACUGUCACCUCAUAUCUCAUAUUCCAAGGUCUUGCACCCAGUCUGUGGGGCCCUGUAUCCGAUGUAAAGGGACGUCGAGUUGCAUACACAUGUACCUUCCUAGUAUUUUUCGGCGCAUGUAUCGGCCUAGCCGAGACAAAGAACUACGCGACGUUGAUUAUUCUCCGAUGUCUUCAAAGCACUGGGAGUGCCAGUACUAUCGCCAUUGGUUCAGGUGUUAUUGGCGAUAUUACAACGCGUGAGGAGCGUGGCGGCUAUAUGGGUAUUUUCCAAGCUGGGCUUCUUGUGCCCGUGGCUGUUGGUCCGAUCAUUGGUGGAGCUAUGGCGGGCACAUUAGGCUGGAGGUCUAUCUUUUGGCUUUUAGCAAUCUACGGCGGAGUCUUCCUGGUUCUGAUGCUCCUGAUUUUGCCAGAGACACUUCGGUCACUAGUGGCCAAUGGAAGCCAGAUACAACCGACUAGGAAUCCACUGGUAAAAUAUCCUCUAGUGGUUUAUCAAAAAACCACUCAGGUUCAAUGGGAUCCUAGCGUGGUGAUUCCACCGGCUGCUAAAAAGCACAUUGACGUCCUGGGACCGAUCCGCAUUCUUUUCAGCAAACACUCCACGCCUAUCAUAUUGUUUCUCGCUAUAUAUUAUGCUGUCUGGCAGAUGAGUAUCACUGCAAUGUCUUCUCUCUUCACAGAUAAGUAUAAUCUCUCGGAAAUUCAGAACGGUUUGACUUUCAUUGCCAAUGGCGUGGGAUCUAUGGUCGGAACCCUGAUCACGGGUAAGAUCUUGGAUGCAGACUACCGCAAAGUGAAGGCCGAAUAUGAGUCGCUGUCUGAUGCCGAAGGUGAGGCCCAGGGGGAGGCCGAUUUUCCCAUUGAAAAGGCCCGUCUUCGGCUUGUUCCUAUUUUUGCAGGCGCACAAUGUCUCUCAUUGAUUCUCUUUGGUUGGACUAUCCAAUACCAAGUCCACAUUGCGGUCCCCAUCAUCUCAACGUUUAUCACCGGUUGGACUGUUGUCUCAAUGCAAUCCAUUAUCAUGACAUACCUCGUGGAUAUCUUUCACGAGAGAAGUGCGGCUGCCAGCGCCAGUAUCAAUCUUGCUCGAUGUAUGUUCGCAGCUGGGGGCACGAGUUUUGUGAUGCCUAUGAUCAGUGGUGUUGGAGCAGGACUUACAUUUACUAUCUGCGCUGCCGUGCAGUUCGUCGCGCUGGUUGGCCCUUUCAUCCAAUGGAGAUUCGCUGCAAGAUGGAGACAGGCGACAGAAGCAAAGAAAAGAACUGUCGGGGUUAGUGAAUAGAUCAGGUGGGCAGGAUCCUCAUGAUUUAUGGCACACAUGAGAAUAGUUGGGGAAAGCCUAGCAUAGCACUUUUAUU